AUGUCUUUUCCAAACGCCGCUGACCAGCUUCUUUGGCCUCAACGCUUUCUUGCCUCGAUUUGGGACUUUAGCUUGAAAUUCGAGGACGUAGUCCUCGAUGUCCUUCCAGCAGCUUUCUGGACAAUCUCGACCCCUUUCAUUCAUUACUACUACUUCAACAAACCAGUCCAUAUCCGCCGCAGCCCGCUGCUAUGGCUCAAGCUCAUCCUAUCUGCGCUUCUGCUUUGCUCGGAAGUCGCCAUUGCCGCCGUUCGCUGCGCGAUUCCUGAUUAUCGCACCGACGUGACCGCCGCCGCAGCCGCGCUGGAUAUUGCAUCGGCCCUCAGCAUUGUUACAGUUGUCUAUACCGAGCAUCGACGUGGUAUCCGAGCGUCUGCGCUUCUUAGCCUCUACCUCACACUAGGUAUCAUCAUUGACGGCACAAAAGUACGCUCCUAUUUUAUACGAAGCAUCUCCUCUCUCGCCGUUCUGGCCGCGACAGCAUCUUCGCUUCGCUUCGUUCUGCUGUGUGUUCAGGAAAUUCCAAAGACGAACCUGCUCAUCGACUCAGAAGUUCGAGAUGCAUCUGGUCGCGAAGCGACCAGUGGCUUCUGGAGCAGGACGUUCUUCGUCUUCAUGGUACCCAUCUUUCGGGCUGGCUUCCGUAGGAUCAUCUCCAUUGAUGAUCUCGGGAACCUCGGCAUUGAAUUUUCCUCGACACAUUUAUUUGCCAGUCUAUCUCAACGUUGGAAUCAGGCUACAAAAAAGCAACCCCGAGCUCUGUUUUUAGCCUGCUUGAGGACCUGGAAAGCACCUCUUCUGGCUAUUGCCGUUCCACGCCUUUGCUCCACCGGGUUUGUCUUUGCGCAACCGUUUGUGCUUCGCCACAUGGUUCUCGCUCAUCGCCAAAAGGCCGAGGAUCAGGCUGAGGGUGGGCUGGUAGCUGCCACGCUUUUGUCAUACACGGGAGCAGCGAUUGCUAAGGCUGCAUCCAUGCACCUCCAGUAUCGACUGCUUACACGUAUUCGUGGAGGGAUUGUAUCUCAACUACUCGAUAAAACCCAUCGGCUCAAGCUCGCUCAGGCCAAGAAGCAGGCUGCUCUUACAUUAAUGAGCACCGACCUCGACGGUAUUGUCACCGGUUUACCGUCGUGCAUAGAAAUCCCCUUUGCCAUGUUGGAGACCGGUCUGGGCAUGUUCUUUUUGGUCGAAUUCGUCGAAAAGGCCACAUUCAUCGUUUUCCUACCACUUAUAGUCGCCACAGGUAUGGGUAUCCUAUACGGCAAAUAUCUAACGCCCGCAUUAAGGCACUGGAAUACAACUAUCGAGACUAGGGUGGCGAAAACCUCGCGUGUACUUUCACAGAUCUCAGGGAUCAAAAUGCUUGGCCUAGCACCAAAAGUGGCUGAAUACCUUCAAUUUCUCCGAAUUAUGGAGAUCAAGUCAUCGCGGAAAUACCGCUAUAUUCAAGCAGCCUCAAUUUCCACCGCCGGAUUCUUAGACAUGAGCACACCAGUAAUCGUCUUUGCGGGCGCUUUAUUUUGGAAUAUCUUCAGUCCUCAAAUCUCUACAGAAGUCGUUUUUCCGGCUCUUGGGCUCAUCUCUCUGGUUCAGUCGCCAAUCGCGAUGCUGCUGAAAGCCUACCCAUCCACUAUGGCAAUGCUGGGCUGCUUCAAGAGAAUUCAAGACUACCUAAAUCAAGAAGAGCACGAGGACCAGCGCGUUGUCUUAAAUCAGACUCAAGGACACUGGCUGAUGGAAUCUGGUGAAAAGAGACUCUCAACGAGAGCCGUCCAGUGGAAUCCAUCCCGUGUCAUUUAUUUUGAAAAUGUGGCUAUAGCUGCGAUUGGUAUGACUGAGCCGAUACUCGCAAAUCUUACCCUUUCAGUUCCCCGUGGCUCAGUCUCGGUACUUCUUGGGCCGACAGGUGCUGGGAAGACAACCAUCUUCGAUAAUAUUCUGGGUGAGGGUGAGGUAUUAGGCGGCGUGGUCUACGUCGAUGAUAUGUCGUUUGCCUUGUGCGGCCAAAAGCUUUGGCUACCAAAUGGAACAAUUCGGGAGUGUAUCAUCGGCGCCUUUGAAUAUGAUGCAGCUUGGUUUCUUAUCGUGAUCACAGCUUGCGAACUCGUCUUCGACAUCAACCAAUUCGAAGAAGGUGAUCAGUACCUAAUCGGCAGUGGGGGUGUUAGAUUGAGUGGUGGCCAACGCCAACGAGUAUCCAUCGCGAGAGCUACGUACGCAAGAGCAGCAACGAUCUUAUUCGAUGACUCCUUCAGUGCGCUCGAUCUACGCACUGCCCGAGCUAUUCUUUCCAACCUUUGCAAUAGAGAGAAUGGACUUCUCCGCCAAUCGAACUCGACAGUUCUGAUGACAACAUAUCUACCCGAAUCGCUUGAGAUUGCCGACGAGUUGCUGCUUCUUGAAGCGGACGGUAAUCUUUCUCAGAUGCCCAUUGGCGAGGUCGAUGAUAACUCAAGGGCGAUUGCUGAAGCUUUGCUUCGAGAAGCUAAUCGUGAUGUGGACAAAAAAGAUGCCCCGUUGCCUGCGUGGGACUCUGACAUGGAGACCAAUUCUGAGCAAGAGAGCCGGGCUUUGACCUCACCACAGCCAACCACCACGCAGCCAGAGCGCACUGAGGAGACUCUGGAUCCAAAUAGCCGUCAAAAGGGGGAUUCAAAGCUGUAUUGGCUCUGGAUAGACCUAGUUGGGCGUCGCAGACUAGCCUGUUGGCUCGUCGUUGUUAUGGCUAUGUGCUUUGCAGAAGGCUUCCCUACUGUUUAUAUCAAAUGGUGGAUUGAGCUUUCGCCUUCGAACAAGAUCUGGUUCAUCGGCUAUGCUCUACUUGCAUCUACUGCCGGUCUUUUGGGCGGGCCUUGUGUGAUCCUCAUCAUGGUGAAGCUAUCGCCAAGGGCUUCCAUCGGACUGCACGGGCUUCUGACCGAUGUUGUUAUGCGUUGUACCCUUGGCUUCCUGGGGGCUACCGAUACCGGAUCCAUUUUAAACAGAUACAGCGUCGACAUGGACCUCAUCGCGAAGCAUAUACCUGCCGGGGUGUACAACAACCUGUACAUUGGCACCACGACUCUCUUUCAGGUCGGAAUAGCGCUGUCGGGUGCCAACUACAUGGCAACCAUGCUUCCCGUACUAGUUGGAGUGCUGUAUUUCGUACAACGUUAUUACCUCCGCACUUCCCGUCAGCUUCGGCAUCUUGACAUUGAGAGUCAGGCGCCUCUUGCCACGGCAUUUCGAGAAACAGCCGACGGUCUGGUGUACAUCCGAGCCUUUAAGUGGGAAGCCCACGCAAUGUCUCGUGGUCUGAAAUUUUUAAAUGAGUCGCAAAAACCAUUCUACCUCCUAUUUUGCGCGCAGCAGUUUCUAUCACUGAUUUUGGAUUCUCUUUCAUCAAGCUUGGCAACUGUCUUGGCUCUGCUCACCUUGUACAUCAAGGACUCUUCUACUGAAAACUCGUCUGGUCUUUCUUUCUUGGUCCUCAUUAUCCUAGGCACGAGUUUUAACAGGACCAUAAUGACGUGGACAGCACUCGAAACGGCACUUGGGUCUCUUUCCAGACUUCAGAUGUUCUUGGACGACACGCCAGUAGAAUCCACCACCGACGACGCCAGGCCAUUGCCCGACAACUGGCCUUCCCGAGGCGAGGUGCAGAUCAGCAACGUCACGGCGCGCUACGUCUGCGACACCGAGAAGCAGCGCCGGAGUCCUGUCCUGCGGGACGUCACGCUCUCCGUCGAGGCAGGCCAAAAAGUUGGCAUCACGGGCCGAACAGGCAGCGGGAAGUCUUCGCUGCUCAUGAUGCUGCUCGGGUUCCUCGAGUACGAAGGGUCCAUUUUCAUUGACGGCAUCGAUCUCCGGACCGUGUCGCGCGAGGAGCUACGCUCUCGCAUCAUUACCAUCUCCCAGGACCAAGUGGAGCUGGACGGCACCAUCCGUGACAAUCUGCUUCCGUUCGACAAGACGUGGGGGGUCGACGACGAUGGGGCAACGUCCGAGGACGCCUCGGACCAGGCCGGCGAAAAACACCGGCGAUCUGUGCACGAUGGGGUCCUCCAAGACACACUUAUUCAGCUGGGGAUAUGGCAGUCGCUGGACCACGAGAAUCCUCUCGACAUGCUCCUGUCCGCCGCUGGCUUCUCGCACGGCGAGACGCAGCUCAUGUGCAUUGCCCGCGCCGUCAUCCGUCGUCGUGUCCAUGGUGGCAGCCUCGUCUUGGUGGACGAGGCGACCGGCGGCUUGGACGGCUGGCGCGACCAGGCUGUGCGCGAAAUGAUGCGAGAGUAUUUUCACGGGUGCACGAUCAUCAUCGUCGCCCACCGCGCAGAGAGCAUCGCCGACACACAGAUGCAUGUGAGAAUGACGGAUGGCAGGAUUGUCGAGCGCAAAAAUCUUUCUAGUAUGAUUUGA